CGAACCUCGAUCGUCUCCUUCAGCUGCGUCCGUUGUGGGAUAGCGCGUGAUAAGAAGAAUCUUCCACCUCCGAAGAUAUUCGACAUGUCUCGCGCUACUGCUGGAGGUUCUGAUGUUGCAAUGAAGCGAUAAUCCUCGAGACAAAUCAGCUACCUGUGUAUAGAGUGCAACGAUUUCAGUGAUAUCGCUCUUCGUGACGCGUGAUCACGUGUCUGCGUGUUUCAUCGGCCGUUCUGGCGCAAAUUGCACAUCACAGGACCUUUUGAAAGAAGUUAUGUGAGAUUGAAGUUCAUAAAGGCUGCAAAACAGAUUAAACCUCCACGAGGAACUGGUGCGUUGAGUCCAGCCGAAGCACAAAGGAAGAGUAAACUCGCGCGUCAAGGUCGAAGACACGUGACUGUUUGAUGACAAGCCCGCCUGGAGCGCUGACUAGUCAACAACAUUUCAAGGGAGACGGAAACAGCCGCUGAGGAAAAUGGAAACUACAGAUCCAGCCUGAGAGAUUUAUUCGAAUUUAUUACGGUAAGUAUUGAGAAGAAUACAGAAGGGAACGGGCUUAACCCCCACAUGCCACCAUGGGGACCCUCCGAACGGUUGCUCUUGUCAUCUUGAGCAUUUCAGCAUUCGUUUUUGUCGCACUUUUCGGCCGGUUGCCCGUUUUUAGGUGAGAUACCUCUCGAGUAUUGUUAGGAUCCAACUCACAACAGCCAGAAAAACUCCCAUUGCUUUUCUCUACCGAUUACUGUGGGUUUACUUUCCUAAUGGAGUAGCCUGGAUCGACUCCCGCCUAUUUGGUGGGCGGCUAGUCAGAGCAUGGAGCCGCUCCGGCAGCUACAUUCUGCAUGAGAACCAUCCUUUGGUCCUUCUAUUCUUUAUCGGCCUGCUUGCCAUAGGCGAGUGCUUCUUCCUCCCGGUGGCAUGGCCUCGGAUGUCUAGUACUCAUCACUUCUGGGUCCCUGGCAUUGUCAUCGUACCCUAUGUUCUGAUUUACAAGUGUGUGGUCACCAAAUCAUUCAUCACUCUAGAGAAUCACGCGGAAGAGAUGAAACGGUACCCAUAUGACCGCGUCCUCUUUCACCCUGGACAUCUUUGCUCGACCUGCGAUUUUCUCAAGCCUGCACGUAGUAAGCAUUGCAGUAUUUGCCAAGCAUGUGUCUCUCGACAUGACCAUCAUUGUGUAUGGCUGAUGAAUUGCAUUGGAGCCAACAAUUACAAGUACUUCUUGUUGCUUCUUCUCGCGGUGUCAAUACUAUUGAUCUACGGCACCUUGCUCGGCUACUCCCUUCUCUAUCAAACUCUGCGAGAAAUUGUUCCGCCGGACGUACAGGCUGCUAUGAAGGGUUGGUCCAUGUACCUCCACGUCUGGUCCAUCGUGAUCACCAGGGAUCCCAAAAUCGGAACGGUCACAAUGCUGAUGCUCAUGACUGCCCCGUUGGCGGUUGCUUUCCUGGUCUAUCACACGUACCUCAUUUGGGCAGGUAUGACAACCAACGAGAGCGCCAAGUGGGCUGACUGGAAGGAAGAUGUUUUGGAUGGAUUCGUUUUCAGGGCUAGACGAGGUCAGAUUCAGGGUGCCCCGCCAUAUGUGGAUCUCAGCGACCAGCCUUGGCCGGUGCAAAGUGAUCAACUAUUGGUCACAGAUGGACAACCGCCGUUGGAAGGCUACAUUCUCGAUGAUACCUCCAAUCGAGUCUCUUACCAUGGUGAUGCGAAUCGGGCCAGACCGGUCGACCCGCAGUGGGUGGGAAUUCACAAUAUAAGAGACCUUGACAACAUCUACGACAUGGGGUUUCGAAGAAAUUUGGCGGAUGCAUUUGAACUCCCAGUCCGACAGAAAGCGUGUAUAUAGCUGUUUGUCGACUCUUAUGGCAAAUGAAUGCAUACUAGU